CUAACCCUAAUUCCAGGCGUCGGAGAUGAUGAAGCUUCUCUGCUGCACAUCUCGCGGGGAAAACGAAAGUUCCAACAAUUUGCUGGGGUCUAGCGGCAGCCAUGAGUUCCCAUGGGAGGUUUUCCGGCUCAAGGAUAUCCUCCACGCUACAAACAACUUUCAUGAUGAUUACAAGCUCGGCGAAGGCGGCUUCGGGACGGUUUAUUGGGGCCGCAUCGGCGAUGGGUCGGAGAUAGCGGUGAAGCGGCUAAAGACGAUGACGGCGAAAUCGGAGAUGGAGUUCAUAGUGGAGGUGGAGGUGCUGGGAAGAGUGAGGCACAAGAAUCUGCUGGGGCUGAGGGGCUAUUUCGCCGGCGGUAACGAACGCCUUAUUAUUUACGAUUAUAUGCCUAACCGCAGCCUUUUAAGCCAUCUGCACGGUCAUUUUCUGGCCGAUGCGCCGCUUGACUGGCAGACACGCAUGCGCAUCGCCGUUGGAUCAGCCAAGGGUAUUGCGUGCCUGCAUCACGAGGCAAACCCCCACAUAAUCCACAGAGAUAUUAAAGCCAGCAACGUCCUCCUCGACUCCAAAUUCCGCCCAAAGGUGGCAGAUUUCGGCUUCGCCAAACUCAUCCCCGACGACGUCAGCCACGUCACCACAAGAGUAAAAGGAACGCUCGGCUACCUCGCCCCCGAAUACGCAAUGUGGGGCAAAGUAUCCGAAUCCUGCGAUGUCUACAGCUUCGGCAUCCUUCUUUUUGAGAUCGUCAGCGGCCGCAAGCCCAUCGAGAGGCUGCCCGCAGGCAAAAAGCGAGACAUUUUGCAGUGGGCAAGGCCGCUCAUGGAGCAGGGGAACUGGGAGCAGCUCGCGGACCAGAGGAUGGGGGGGCGGGUAGACAGGGCUCAGCUACAGAGUGUUCUGUUUUUGGCGCUCAAGUGCACGGAUAGGGAUCCUGACAACAGGCCGCCGAUGAAGGAGGUGGUGGAGGUGUUGCGGGGUGGGGAUGGGCUUAGGAUGAGGCCUAAGGAGGUGGGGAGCAGCAAGGGGGAGGAGGAGGAGGAGGAGGAGGGAGGGUUGGCUGAUGCUUUGAGUUGCAGCGUCGAUAGAAAUGCUGCGGUGGAAAUGCGAUGAACGAGUUUCUUUGAUUUAGAAUUGCUCGUCCUGUAAUUUUUUUUCUUUUUUGGGGGGAAAAAUGGUAAAAUCAUGAAUUUUGCAGCCAGGUUUCUAAAUAACUGAU